AUGCUGCCUUCGCAGGGCAGCCGGGAUAGGAGAGAACUCUUCAUGUUCUCCGACGCCAGUUCGCGGGCGUACGGCAUCGUCGCAUACAUCCGAGAACAGCAAGGGGCAGCCCCGCCCUCAGUGGCAUUCAUUCUCUCGAAAUCAAAAAUCGCUCCCGUGAAAGCAUUUACGAUCCACAGACUAGAGUUGCUCGGAGCACUUCUCGCAGCAAGAAUGACGAAGAAAAUCCUCGGAUGGCUCGAUUUCAAAAUCGACGCCGUCAACAUCUUCUGUGACAAUUCGGCAGUUCUAGGCUGGGUCGCCUCGAACCCGGAAAGAUGGAAACCGUUUGUCGCAAACAGAAUUCGAAAAAUUCAUCAAUUAGCUGGCCAGGCCAGGUGGCAUUACGUUCGCUCAGAGGAAAAUCCAGCCGAUAUCCUAUCCAGAGGAGCGGAUAUUUCAAAGCGAUCGAUUGCCGAGCUGUGGUUCAACGGGCCACAGUGGCUUCGCCAGAAGAACAGCGUCCUACAAGCGAAACUGAAAUCCGAUCGCACAUCUCACAUUCACGGAGAUCAAACUCAACUCGAGCACGAAAGGAAGAAAUACAUAGCGACGUUCCAUGUCGCGCUUCCGGCCGACCAGGCCAAUGCGAAAAGAAUAUUUUUUGAAGACAGUUUUUCUUGCUGGCUAAAAGCGAUUCGCUUUUGGGCAUUCAUGCUUCGCCUCAAAGCAAAGGCUCAAUCGGCGAAAAUGAGAGUGCAGAUGGGGAACAAGUGUACGGCCAGACCGAAAACCGUCUUGAAUCUCAUCGAUCCAGAGGAAAUGAUAACAGCCAGGCUGGAAUUAAUUAAACUUAUUCAGAAAAGCUACUUCACAGAGGGAAUCCUGUCAGCUUGCAGGAACAUCAAGCCAGAGAGCAUCCUCUAUCAGUACAGCCCAUCCAUCGACGACAACGGCCUGAUCCGUUGCAAAUCCCGACUCGAAUGUUCUUCCCAGCUCUCAGACAGUCAAAAGUCACCUAUUAUUCCCCGACCGGACUGCAAUCUGUCCUUCCUAAUGAUCCGCUAUAUUCACGAAAAGAAAUGUUUCCACUUCGGUGGCGUUUCGUCAAUCCUAAAUAUCCUCAGGGAAGAGUUCCUAGUCAUACACGCGAGGAAACUUGCCAGGCGAGUGAUUUCGGCCUGCGCAACCUGUAAUAUCUUUCGCUGCCAGGCAGCAUCGCUGCCCACAGCUCCGUUACCGACCUUCCGAGUCGACACGGCCCCGCCGUUCUUCUAUGCAGGAUGCGACUUCGCGGGACCCAUUAAGUAUAAAAAGGACUCGGGAGAAAAAGGGAAAAGCUACAUACUUCUCUUCACAUGCGCCAUCACCCGCGCCUUCAAUCUUCACUUAACAGAAAACAUGUCUACAGUGGAGGUACUCGGCGCACUACAAAAGUGGGAAUUCAUCACCCCGAAGGCUCCCUGGUUCGGUGGUUUCUACGAGCGCCAAGUACAGUCGGUCAAGAGACCGCUGAGGAAGGCCCUCGGUACCGCGGUACCGCACUUCCGCGAUCUCGAAGUCAUUCUGAGUAACAUUGAAGCGAUGAUAAACAGACGUCCACUUACAGCGGUCGCGGCGGAAACCGACAACGCAGAAGCUCUGUGUCCGGCAGAUCUGCUGUACGGUUACAAAGCAAAAUGCUUCUUCCCUCAACACGCGGCCAGGCCGAUCAGAGCGAUCGACGCUGAUAAAGUCGUUUUCUCCAGGAGAUGGAACUACCAGCAAAAAAUCCUCAACGCAUUCUGGAAAAAAUACCAGGGAGAGUACCUUGGCUCUCGUCGAUCCGCUCAUAGGCGGAAGCCGAUUGCGGCCAGACCGCUGAAAGCGGGAGACACCUGCCUCCUCGAGCACUCGAACUCCAAUCGGGCUUACUGGCCCUUGUGUAGGGUCUUCCUUCCGUCGCUGAACGGCGCAGACUUCUUCGGCCACGGUCUCAAGGCUCGGGGACGCACCCUUCAGCUGCGUUUCACCCGGCUUGAGCGUUACGCUGUGGACGCCGCCACGAAAGUCUCGAUGCACAAGGUGACUCGUACUUCUAUAGCGGAGUUACUAACUACGGACAUCUCGAGAACGGUCAGUCUGUAUUGCGUCGUUUACGAUGUAGGAGAGCUUCAAACCUAUAGCUGCCGGGACGGGAAGGUCAGAACGAAACGGAGCGCUCGAUUGGUCGACGAUACCAGACGCAUCGUCACCAUAAAUCUGUGGUCAGAUCAAGCACAUGCGCUGAAUGAAAAAGAAGAUACCGUGGUUUUCAUAAGGAACGCAGCACUUCGGGAAUACAAUGGAAAACGAGAGCUGUCCACGAUUUCGAACACUGUUGUCGAGAAAGCUGACGAUAACGAGAGCCCACUGAUCGAAAGUCUCUUGAAGUGGUAUAAAGAAGAAGGCGACGCAGCCGAGUAUAGUGAGCUUAUAAUCUGA